UAUAGUAGAGAGUCUUUGAGAAAAAGUCUUUGUGGGUGUGUGAUUGGAAGAAGGACUUGGAUUUUUAUAAAAAGGCAACGGAGCGUCGAAGAAAACACUAAACUUACAGAGAGAAAGAGAAGAAGAAAAAUGGAAGAUACGAAGAAGAAAAAGAAGAAGAAUAUUAAUAACGAAGAUUCAAAGAAGAAGGAACGUCAUAUUGUUACUUGGACACCAGAGGAGGAUGUUAUACUAAGAGACCAGAUUACUCUUCAUGGAACUGAAAAUUGGGCGAUCAUAGCAUCAAAGUUUAAGGAUAAAAGCACAAGACAAUGCAGAAGAAGAUGGUAUACAUACUUAAACUCCGAUUUCAAGAGAGGAGGCUGGUCUCCUGAAGAAGAUAUACUUUUGUGUGAGGCACAAAGAGUGUUUGGGAAUAGAUGGACUGAGAUAGCAAAGGUGGUUUCAGGCAGAACGGAUAAUGCUGUCAAGAACAGGUUUACAACACUUUGUAAGAAGAGAGCCAAACAUGAAGCUAUGGCCAACUCAAACAACAAGAGAAUGUUGUUCUUAGACGGUAUUAGUACACCUCAAAAAGCCGAUAAUGAAGCCCCUAUUGCCAAGAGAACAAGAAGAAGUCACAUUCUAGAGCUUACAGAGAUGAAUAAUUACGGAAACGUUGAGCCUUGUCUGAAUCAGCAGGCAAGGUCUCCAUUCUCGGUAUUGGCGCACAAUGCCACUGGUAUUGAUAGCUUGGAAGAACAGUAUCAAACAAGCAAUGUGAAGGAGAGUGAUGGUGAAGGGAUGUUUCUUAAGAAAGAUGAUCCUAAAGUCACAGCUUUGAUGCAACAAGCUGAACUCUUAAGCUCCUUGGCGCAGAAAGUUAAUGCAGACAACACAGAACAAAGCAUGGAGAAUGCUUGGAAGGUCCUUCAGGAUUUCCUGAACAAAGGCAAGGAAAAUGAUUUGUUGAGAUAUGGAUUCCCUGACAUUGAUUUUCAACUGGAGGAGUUUAGGGACCUUAUAGGGGAUUUGAGGAGUAGUUAUGAAGACAAUGACCCAUCUUGGAGGCAACCUGAUCUCCACGACUCUCCAGCUAGCUCUGAGAAUAGUUCAGGAUCAACCAUCAUGCUGGACCAGUCUGGUGACAAAACACAACCAUCAUUGCCUGAUCCUCCUCAGACAGAACAUAAGGAAAGUGGAGAGGAGUUUCCCUCAACGUGUGAUGUCCUGAAAAAUCCUGAUGAGAAUAAGCCCAUCUCGGGCGAUGAAGAAAACUUCAGCUCCCCUAUUCAGGUCACACCAUUGUUCAGAUCUCUAGCAGAUGGCAUCCCAAGUCCACAGUUCUCUGAAAGUGAGAGGAGCUUCCUGCUAAAAACACUUGGGAUUGAGUCCUCAUCUCCAUGUCCAAGUGCUAAUCCUUCACAACCACCCCCUUGCAAAAGAGUCCUUCUACAUAGCUUGUAGAACCAACCAACCAACCAUCUCUCUGAUCCAUCAUCAUCCCUAAAACCGCGGUUUUGUCUCUAUGAAGACGUAGUUUUUUCUUUCUCACUUUUGCUUUAGGUAUCUGCAGCCAUAUCGGCCUGGAAGUUUUUUGUGAAGCGGGCAUGCCAUGAUCUGCAUUCCUUCCUCCAACGGUUUUAUAUAAUUCUUUGUUGGUUCCUAGAAUGUUAACGGUUAACAUUUCUAACCCCCAACAAAGAAAGCUCUCAAGAAUCUGCCAUAUACUCAGAUUCUUCAGAUUUCUUCUCUUACUCAACAUAAGGAAGCCAUAUCCACAAAGGAAAGGCACCAGUUUGUCCUAAGAAAAACAAAAUUCUUUGGUUUGUCUCUUAAGGGCAUAUACUCAGAUACAUCAUCUGAGCAAUUUGCCGUGAUUUCUUGAUUUGUUUUCUUCUUCAUCUCUGUACAUAAUCUCUUAUCAACAUAUGAUAUAAAAGAAGUCUUUCAGAGUGUUA